AUGCGCACCAAGUCGCCAGAGAAGAGAACUCGACAAAAAAACCAAGCGAGGCAGCAAACUUACAGGGUCGAGACCGAGAGGAACCCGGAAACCACUCCGCAGUAUUUUCAGAUAUCCGUCAAUGUCUUGGAGGCUCGCAAGCUGAUGUGGAUAAAUCCAAACUCCGCCAACUCCUAUGUCAUCGUGGUCCUGGGAAAGAAGAAACACAGGACUACCAUACGAAGGAACAUGGAGGAACCAUAUUAUAGAGAGUACUUCAUGUUCGAGCUAUACGUCAGCAUCAGGGAUAUCCAACGUUCGAGUAUCUGGCUCGCUGUGAUGGAGCCCCGGUGUUGCGCCCCACCACGUCUCAUGGGGGAAGCCACCAUUGAUCUCGGAGCUAUUUGGUCUCAACCUCAUCAUCAAGUAUUUCACAAGUGGGCGCAGUUGGGUUUGCCUCGGAACCCAGCCGCUGGGGCUGUGGGUUUUCUCAAGGUGGACAUUUCAAUCAUAUUCAGAGGAGACAUUCAAGUGAUGCCAGUAGUUGUGAACGAUGAGAGAGUUGAAGACAAUCUGCUUCUACCAACGGGCUCGGAGCAACAGCCAGCGAAUUACGUGAUUACCAUAUACGGAGCCUAUGGUUUGCCAAACGGUGCGCAUGGGCAAGCCGAUAGGCGCUUCGGAAAAUCACCCAGUUCCUUCGUCAAAGUGUCGUUCUGCGGACUUUCGGCUAAAACAGCAGUGCAGAAUCGCAACAACCAUCCCACUUACUGCGAACAGAUAUCGAUAGUGGAAAUGUUUCCAAGCAUGAGUGAGAUGAUCAGACUGGAGGUUUGUUCCGGAGAAGGAUGCUUCAACAGAGUCAUAGCCAGCGUACAUUUAAAGCUUACCCAGAUUUCUCAUGAUGGUGAAAAUGGUUUCCUCCCCACAUUCGGUCCUUCGCUCCUCCACAUGUAUGGAACAUCCACAUCGGGUACGUUGGCCGCUACUGGUGAAGAUGGUCCCUACCACCGCGGAGCGAUGCUGGUAUCCCUAAGGACUAUUGUGCCGUACUACCAACAAGGAUUGAGGAGUACUAGCGUGGAGCCCGUAUCGCCUUUGCAGCCGGAAAGUCUAUGGUUGAUGGAAGAUUUCUGCGUCUUCUGCCCAAUCCUAGAAGUGUCCAUGCUGGACCGGCGUAUCUCUGGAAAGCUGUGUGGCAUUGCCAUUACUGUAGGUGAACUUCCUACGGAUGAUCAAGGGGAUGAAGAGUUUGUGGCAAUGAUGACUGAGAUAAGAACCCGAAAGCUUUAUUAUACGGGAUCCAUGGACGUGCUCAAGACCCGGCCGGUUCAUGGAUACCUGGAUUUUGAGAACACCUUCCCAGUUCUGCAACUGGCAACCAGGCUGCCAGACUUCAGGUUCAGGAUGUAUCGGAACAAUAUGGUGUUUGGCAUCGUUACAGAACUUGAGCAAGCGUUAACAGAAGUUGAACGCCGACUCAAGAAUUCUGAGUACAAUUCGUUAAGAGAUCUAACAGAUGAUAUAAACAGAUCUGUCGAUGACGCCGCCGGUAAUAUCUUGAAGUUUCUGGAUAUAAUUCAAUACUCCAGCCCUACCAGCAGUGUUGAGAGCACUAUGGCCAAGUAUAGCACUGAAUUGGACAAUAAGCAGCUGGCUUUGCAGAAAGAGGAGAUAGAAAAAAUCUACCAGCAAAUAACAAAAAGGACGCAGCGAUGUGCAUCUACCAUGAGUCUCAUACAUUCCAUUACUCAGUCUGAAUCUAUGAGCAGUACAAAGAAAGAUGUCAAACUAAUGCUUGCUGACAUUAGGUUGAUCGCUGAAAACUUGAAGAGCCUUAUUUACAAAACAUCUGAAGGAUGGCCCGAUAUAGUGGUAUGGCUCUUAAGCGGAGGAUCAAGAGUAGCUUACUACAAGAUGUCCAUAGCUGAUAUCAUUUUUUCAGUCAUACCUGAACAAAACGGACGGCACUGUGGGCGUAUACAGAGCGUUUACUUGAAGCCAUUGAAAUGUCCAAAGCACGUGAACACUUUGUCAACUGGUUGCUGCUGCAUUGCUGGGAAGGUCGAGCUGAUCCUGUGGAUGGGGCUGUACCGGCAGAUUCACGCCUUCGAGGGCUGCCUGCCAAAAGGAUACAAGCUGAAGAUCAAGGAUUACGAUAUGUGUCUUAAGACUUCUACUAUGAUGCUGGAGUGCAGAGUGUUCGUCUACAGAGCGAAAUUGAAUACGAGCGUUGAUCGAAGUAACCACGCGCAUCCCUUUGUGAGAGUGAGCACUCUGAACUCCGUGAAAGAAACGAAGAUCGAACAGAAAACUCUGACACCUGUCUGGAACCAAGUCUUGAAGAUCCACAAGCUGGUGUCGGCGACACAAGACAGAAUACAGAACAGUCCUCCUCUAGUAAUGGUUGAAGUCUUGGAUAGUGACCAAGGAGGCAAGUCGGAGCUAAUAGGGCGUUUACAAGUAUCACCCGUGGUUGAUGACAGACAAGAGUACCAGUAUUCCCCUAAGCUGCAAUGGUACGAUCUGCACAGAGGUGUGGAGUACAGCGGCCAGAUACUCAUGUCCGUCCAACUGUGCCAGAUUCCGGAAACGUUAAUGAAAAGCACAGUGUAUGGUCCAGUAGAAGAAACAUACGUUGCAACGGGUGUGAAGGAACCUACUGUCGAGGCUGAAUCUGAUGAUCCUGAACCUUUGCCACCCAACUUGAUACCCAAGGCCACCACCUACAAGGUGGAUAUCUACUGGUGGGGUCUACGUGACGUUACAACGACCAGGAAACCCUGUGUUGUUCUAGAAAUUGAUGAGCUGACGAUAAAAUCAGACGUCGUAUGUGACAAGAAGUCUAACUGUAAUUUUCCAAAUGGGAGAUCUUCACAGACCUUCCAAGCUCCUUUGAAUGAGGUCUACUGCCCUCCUCUGAGUAUCAGGUUGUAUGAUAGCAGUACUUUUGGAAGGACACUCUUUUUGGGCACGAAUAUUGUGAAAAACCCUAACAAGUAUAUUGUUAGUUGGAUACCGAAAGUUGAAAGAGAGGCGUCUUUGAGAAGCGUGUCCAUUGUGGCGUCCAGUUUCUUUCAAGUCAGUCAAAUCCUCUACGUAAGGAAAGGCUCUUUUCAAUCAAUCGACAAUCUAAUGAGCAAAACCUCAAUGCAAAGCGUCCAAGAAACAAAGAGACCUCGCUGGAAACGAGUGUUCUGCAAUAAAGUGGCCGAUGAAGAAGAAUACGUUCUUCUCCCAAUGUUCUCCAAAGAGAAGAAUCAGAAACUGGCCAAAAAUACUUCCCUAGAACAUUCUGUACAGAGAGACUGGUGGACAAGAUAUUUUGAAACGAUAUCGGAGGAAAUAGAUGAAACUACACCAAGCACUGAUCGAAUAGUUGUGUACAAUGGAGAGUUAGAAGCUCAACCUGAGUUUGCUAAAUUCAAAGAUUGGUGUAGCACCCUGAAGCUUUUCAAUGGGAAGAAGACCGGUAUACCUGAGAAAGAUGAGCAGUUGUACUGCGGCUACUUGAAAGCAGGUAUCGCUAUAUACAGGUGGCCCCCGCCUGUGGAUACCAUUGCCGUCAGCUGUAAUGGCGUUGAACUAAAUAAUGGAUUCUUCAACGACUACCCGGACAACGAGCCUUCGAAGUUCCUUGUACGGGUAUACGUCGUUAAAGCAGUGAACUUGGUAGCCAAAGCAUUCACGGGCAAACUGGAUCCUUACGUGGCCAUCAGUUGUGGUAAUAAACACCUUGGUGAUAGGAAGAGUCACGUCAAGAACACUCUGAAUCCUAUAUUUGGGAAGAUGUACGAGUUCAGGUGCACUUUACCAGACGACUACCUUCUAACAGUUUCCUUGUUUGACUACGACACGGUACCUCCCGACGAGCUAAUUGGGUCUACCACCAUCGACUUGGAAGAUAGGAUCUACUCGAAGCACAGGGCAAGAGUAGGCUUGGCUUCUGAAUAUAACGCGAUUGGACCAAACAAGUGGCGUGACUCCCAAAAGCCUUCGGCAAUUCUCGAAGAACUCUGCUCUAAAAAUCAUCUACCUCCACCCUCGUUUCCUGAUAAUGCUACAGUCGUCGUCAACGGCGUUGAGUAUAGAGACAGCGACAAUGGCAGGAGUUUUAGGUCAGCAUCCGAUCGCAAAGAAAACAUCUGUCUCAGCCUACUUCACAGUUGGUACACGUUGCCAAUAUGCGGGUAUCGCCUAGUGCCCGAACAUGUGGAGUCACGGCCUCUACUGAAUACUGCAAAGAAUGGAUUGGAACAGGGCAAACUCCAAAUGUGGGUGGAUAUAUUUCCUUUGGAUGCGGAUAAGUAUAUCCCGCCUGGUGUGGACAUCACUCCUAAAAAACUGGAGGAGUAUGAGCUUCGCGUAAUCAUCUGGGAUGUGCAAGGAGUAAAGCUGGAUGAUCACGGGAAGAAGGUUUCCGAUAUUUAUCAUGCGGUGGGUAUUUUGCUUUGGUACAUGCGCAAGCUACUUGCACCGUGUAGAUGCACCCUUAGCUUCAAAGAAGCCCAGACAAGUUUUCACACUAAUAUGUUCUUGAAAAUCAAAGGAGUUUACAUUUUGAUGCUUUGUAUUUUCAGAUGGAUUGACACCAUAGAACAAGCUCAGUACACGGAUGUUCACUACAGCAGCUCUGCAGGAGAAGGUAGCUUCAAUUGGCGAAUGAUUUUCCACUUCCAGUAUCACCAAGCGGAGAAAAAGUUGGUGAGAAAAGAAAAAGGACCCUUCACGGAGGUCGAAGAACACAUGACUCCAAUAUUUGUGGUUCAAGUAUUGGACAGCGAUGCUGCUUCUCAAGACGAUUUUUUGGCAUCCGUGUCUUUCAAUUUGAACUCAAUGUCCAGAGGAGUGAAGCAACCUUAUAAAUGUAAUCAAGAAGAACUGGAUAAGAAUAAGAAGAUAAAUCUUUUCACCACUGUGGCGAUUAGAGCAUGGUGGCCUCUCGUUUAUACUAAUAGAAAUACUGGCAUGACUUCAGCUGCUGGAGCUAUAGAUUUGGAGAUGUCAUUGCUGCCGAAAGAGAAGGCUUUGUUGAUGCCAGUUGGACUCGGAAGGGAACCACCGGCUCCUUUGCCUGAUCCUGCCGUAGAAAUGGGCGAAAAGGAUAAGGUUGCUGUUUCUAUGGGAGGAAAAAGAGGAUACCUGUAA